AUGUCUGCGACAGGAACGAGCGUUUCGCUCCUCAAGUUUGUGGGCACCGUCUCGCUCGGCUUGCUGACGGGCGUCUCAUACUCCAUCUCUUCUCUCGCUCUCCCUGCUCUCCUCCGACUUCCUUCCUCAACUUCUGCCUCUCACGGUCUUUCCACCCUGACUGCGACCCUCAAGACACCCGUUCUGGCCCUCACGUCUCUCGCUUCUGCGCCGUUCCUCAUCAGCUUUUUCCUCGCUCCCCGCUCAUCUCGCCAUCCCUACCUUCUCUACACAGCUCUCCUCGCCACCCUGUCAUCUGUCGCCCCCAUGCUAAUUCCCACACCUGCUCCUCGACGUGCUGCUUCAUCGGCACCUCGAAAGUCUUCGCGUGCUAAGAUGGAGGCUAGCUACGAAGUCCUAGGCGAUGCUCACAGUGAGCCCGCCAGUGACGAAGAUAUUGAAGACAUUAACGGCGAGGAAGUACGAGCUGAGGUCGAGGGUCUUACACGAAGCUACCUUGCCCGAACCGCUAUCUCGGCCCUGGGCUUCGCUAUGGCAGUGGUCGGUAUUUGGGGCGAUGGCGCAUCCCAGUCUGUUGUCUACGUUUCAUAA